AUGCCCCUCCUCCUCAAGUACAGCGUGGCCACCCUCCUCGGGACCAUUCUGGAGGUGUUGCGCAACCAGACCCGAUUCAGCGACCUGGCCAGCUCCGUUGAUGCCUCCGCGCUCGUGCGGGCUCGCCUGGGCAAUGGGUCUGUGGACAGCACGGUCUUUGGCCCCGUCGACCACAAAGCCCCCUUCAACUUGACCGAGCCUCUCCUCACCUAUCACCUCGUGGACGGACGCUCUCCUCAGGCUGUCGAGCUUGAGCAACCAGCCCCAGCAGCUCAAGUGUCCAUCAACGGAGUGCGAGUGCAGCAGGCGGACAUUGCGGCCUCCAAUGGCGCCAUCCACGCCCUGGAGUCGGUGCUGCCCCUGCCCGGCUCUCUCGCUAAGGCCCUCGACGCGUUCCCCACCCUCAAGUCCCUCGUCGCUGCCGCCAACCUCACCCUCCCGGCUGCUUCGUCGACCGUGUUUGCGCCCACCGAGGCGGCAUUCGCCAGCCUGAAGCGCCAGAAUCCCGCCCUCCUCGGCUACCUCACCUCCGCCGCCAAUGGGUCCCAGGCCGAUCUCGCCUCGCUGGCGUGGGUGCCUAAUCGACCUGCUGACCCUUUGGUCGCGGACCCUCUCCCCGAUCCCCUCAUCAUGGGCCGAUCCGCAUUUCUCGGAGGAUCCAUGUUUGGCCCCACGGUGCUCAAGUACCACGUGCUGGGCGAGGUGCUCUACGCCCAGGACAUCGCGCUGGGCUCGCAGCAGGCCAACACCCUGGCCGAUCAGUCGGUGACCAUCACCAAGGCGGUGGUGAACAACUCCGUGGAGGUUACCUUGAACAGCAGCUCGACGUCUGCCCGCGUCGAAGCCGUCAACACCCUGGCCUCCGAUGGAGUGCUGCAUUCCAUCAACUCCGUUCUUGUCCCCAACGGGUUCGUGUUCAGCCUGAGGAAGAUCCUCGUCGGACUCAACGACACCACGCUGCUUCGUCUGCUGGACCAGGCCAACCUCACCAGCUGCUUGACCGGUAUCACCAUCUGCUCGCUCGCUCCUGCGGCCCUCGCUUUCUCAGUUAACUGGCGUGAUCCCACGGAGGACUGCGGGUACACCAUUUUUGCCCCGAGCCAGGAGGCCUGGGAGAAGGCCGACGAGAGCGACUACGGCAGGACCACCGCGAGGCUGGCCAGCGUCUUGAAGUCCCACAUCUACCCGGCUCCGCUCCCGGCUCUCUCGCAGAACAUGACCCUGACCAUGCUGAGCAACAAGACCGUGCACAUCGUCAACAACACCCUCACCCUCGAGGGCGAUGCCCGCUUGGGCUCGGCCCAUCUGCUGGGCUCCGUCACCGCUGGUUCCAACGGCUACGCCUACGCUAUCGACCAAGUCCUGGGCGUCGCUCUGGCCUCUGACGACUCUCUGAGCAAGGCGACGAUUGGUUGGAUCAUCGUGGGCGGUAUGGGCGGCAUUCUCUUGCUCGCUGCCGUGGUCGUGGCCGUCGUGUGGUACGUGAAGCGCAGGCGUGCCGAGUACGAGGUCAUCAACGGAUCCGUGUAG